CAUGAUUCCCACCCACGAACUCUUAAAACGCGCCUUUUCGCCCUAGAGUUGUUUUCACCGCAUAUUCUCACGCAGUAGUAGUAUUUUCCCCCUCAUUUCCUCCACGCCGACCCACACACACACACUCUCUCUCUCUCUCUCUCUCUCUCUCUCUCUCUCCUUGGAUUUUCCGGCGGCCGAAAGCCCUAGUUCUCUCGUACCUCGAACGGCGCAAACCAAUAGAAAGAACAGAUUCUGAAGGUUUCAUGUCCAGUAUGUUGUUACGGAGGAUAUGAGGCCUUUUUGGAUUAAUGGUUAAUUGCUGCUUGUGAUUGGGUCAAGUUAUUUUGAUUUCACAGAAUGGAUCGCUGUGAUACAUCAGGGUUUGUUAGUGGUGGGUGUGUGCUGUAAUAUUUGAGGCUCUUUGAACCUUGUACAUAUAUUUAUUUGGUUAUAGUUAUUUUGAGUUCAUAGAAUGGAUCGCCGUGAUACCUCAGGAUUUGUUAGUGGGGGAUGCACUCUGAUCUUUUGAGGCUCCUUGGAACCUCGUACUAAAUAUUCUCUCCCAACCCUGAAGUUAGACGAAGUGUCAACAAUUGUGAGUAGGUUUUGGUUGGUGGCUUUCCACUUUAACUUUAGAUUAGAUGGACAACACCCCUCGACAUUUUGUUGCUAGUGUUGCUUCAAAUGUGUACAAGAAACCGAGCAGUGUAGUUGAUACAAGAGUUGUUUUUUUCCCCAGUGCUGCUUCGUGUCUUGAUUCCCCUGGAUCAUCAAGCUGUUAUUUCUCAAACUGCAAGGGAAGCAAGAGAAAAAGGAGUGCCAACGAUGGUUCUCAAGUUUUUGGUUUGGGCUGUCUGUCAAAUUCUUGUGCUACCAUGUCCUCUGGGAAAGAAACUGACGAGUCUACAGUCCAUCUCGGUCUGAGUAUCAACCUCCAUUCUCAAAAUGAGAGAACAGCUAAACAAAUGAGUGUUACCUGUGGGACUCUGCAGGGAAUGGAAGUGGCAAAACCCAGGCUGGACCUUGGGCUGAGUCUAUCUACUGGGCCUGCUGAUUCUGAUAUCACCACUGUAUCCCAAGAAUUUCCGACUUUUCAGAACAAUGCAGAGUCUGCAGACAUAUUUGGUGCAGUACAACUCGUGGAUGAUGGGUCAACAUCAUCGCAAUGGAAACGAGGGCCUAUUGUGCCACCAUUGCAUGCAUCACAAGUCACAGAGCGCGUGAUUGAUUUUGUUCAUCCUCGAAGCCAUAUAAAUCUGAAUCCAGUUGCUCCAAAUCUCACAUCAAAAAGCUCAGUUGGUGGUGCUUCUGGGGUAACUCGUCCUCAACAUCGACGUAAUGCUAGUGUGAAAAUAUGCCAAUUCGAUGGAUGUACGAAAGGAGCCAGAGGUGCUUCUGGCCUAUGUAUUGCCCAUGGUGGCGGCAGGAGGUGUCAGAGACUUGGGUGUCAGAAGGGAGCAGAAGGCAGGACAGUAUUCUGCAAAGCCCAUGGGGGCGGCCGCCGUUGCCAAUACCUUGGGUGCACAAGGAGCGCUGAAGGCCGUACGGACUACUGCAUUGGCCAUGGCGGAGGUAAGCGGUGCAGCCAUGAGGGUUGCAGCCGUGCUGCUAGAGGGAAAUCUGGUCUGUGCAUAAGGCAUGGUGGUGGUAAGAGGUGUAAAAUGGAAAACUGCAGUAAGAGUGCUGAGGGCGUUUCUGGCCUCUGCAUCUCCCAUGGUGGGGGCCGCCGGUGCCAGUAUCCUGCCUGCACGAAAGGUGCCCAAGGGAGCACGAUGCUUUGUAAAGCACACGGUGGGGGGAAAAGGUGCACAUUUUUAGGGUGUAUAAAGGGCGCAGAAGGGAGCACAUCCUUCUGUAAAGGACAUGGUGGGGGGAAAAGGUGUUCGUUUGAAGGGGGGUGCACAAGGAGUGUUCAUGGGGGAACCUUGUUUUGUGUGAAUCAUGGUGGGGGAAAGAGAUGUGCUGCGCCUGAAUGCACCAAGAGUGCUAGGGGUCGUACAAACUUCUGUGUUCGUCAUGGUGGAGGAAAAAGGUGCAAAUCUGAGGGAUGUCUAAAGAGUGCACAAGGAAAAACUGAUUUCUGCAAGGCACAUGGUGGAGGGAAACACUGCUCUUGGGGCCAGUUGGGUUCAGAGUUUGGCGGUCAAUGUGGUGUUCCUUGUGAUAAGUUCGCAAGGGGGAAAUCUGGUUUAUGUGCUGCCCACAAUUCCCUAGUGCGAGACCCAUUUUCUAGCACAAUGGAGAGGAUAAAAGCGGACAACCAUGUCGAUGGUAUUAAAACAGCUGGCAGCGUUGUUACAUCGAUUAAUUUCAUGAGUUUUGGGCAUCAGCCGAUUCCUGUGCAGGUUCCAUCCCUCGAAGUUUUGUCUGUUGGAAAUACUUUAGGUCACCUGUCAGUUCCAGAAGGUCGGGUGCAUGGAGGAAACCUAAUGGCAAUGUUAAGAGGGAAUGCCAACUUUGGAGCCGGAAGCAAUGAUCAAGUAGUUGAUGGCCCAUCAGAGCCAGGUAAACCGUUUCAUAUGCCUCAUAUUUGGGUUUAAGCAAACCUCUCGUGUUUGGUUCGAUUUGGUCCUUGUAAAGGUUCUCAGUGCUGGUAUCAGGUCUUCUGUUUUUAUAAUUAUUUGGUGGUUAGUUUAGGGGUUUGGUGAUUUUCAUCUCAUUGCAUUGCAUUGCAUUGUUAAAAGUGAUUCCCUUGAAACCCUUGUGAAGAGUAGUGGGUAAUUUAGCUUGGGCACAUAUGUAAAAGGCAAGCUUAGUUUGUUCAUACAAGUGUUCUCUGUAUGUCCUGUAAAUAUUUGUAUAUAAUUUGACCGAAGAUCUUGUGAAUAUACCUUUAUAGUUUCCCUUCUUUUCUUUU